GGCCCGAGGCCUCACAAUGCACCGGGGAAGCCACCGCGGAAAUCCCACCCUUUUCUCUCGGAGCCGCUUCCAGCGCCGCGUGACAGCGCGCUGUCAGGGCGAGCAGCUCCCCGGACCCGGCGGCCCCUCGGCGCGGGAGCCCGGAGGAAACCCCGCGCUCGGCGCGCGUCUCGCCAGUCACGAGAGAAAAGGUGCGCGCGGAGAGGGAGGCAGGAGCAGCGCGGCUCCGAGAAGCCCUCCGAAGGGAAGCGGGGAAGGGGUCCUCUCUCCCGCUCGGCUCUGGACCCGGGCGCGCCAGGCGGCACACGGUGGCACCGCGGAGGAGACACCCGCCGCCCGGCCCCUGCCCUCCGCUCCCGACCCGCGCGCGAUCCCGCGCACACGCCCACAGCCGCCGCCGCCCGGAGCCCCCGCCCGGGCCCCCUACUCCCCGCCCGCGCCCGCCCGAAAGCGGGGACCACCCGGCGCCGGAGGAGCCGCGGGCACGGGGAGCGCGGCCCCAGCACUCACAGACGGUCUCCCCACGGCCACGGCCAUCGCGGCUGCGGCUCCGACUGCGCUCGGUGCUCCCCGCCGACGCCGGCGGCUGCUGCUCGGGCUCCGGCCGCUCCCUCCCCCGCGUCUCGCUCGCGGCUGCGCUCUGCCUACUCCGGCUCCCGCUCGCCGCGGCCGCCUCUGCUCCCCCCCGCCGCCGCCCCGCCCGCUUUAUGGGAGCAACAUGGCCACCCGCCCGGAAGGGACCAUCUGCCUCCCGCCGCAGGGGUGCGAGUCCGCGCGCCGGGCUGGGGCUGUGGGAGGGAGGACGACGCGCGGGCCCGCCGCUGGGGUCCGCCGGCUCGGGCCGCUGGACUCGCCCCCCGCCAAAGCCGGGGGCCCCCGGACCGCCCUCUGCGGUGCCGCCGACCCUCCCCCAGCCGGGACUCCGGCCGCCACCCCCCGGCCCACCACGUGCCGGAGUCCGAGUGAAAUCCCGGGCGCGGAGGUCCCAGCCCCGGGUCCCGCCACGCGCUUCCCGCCGCGCACGGCUGGAGAGGCUGCGGAGAGGGGAAGGGGCAGUGGGGCGCGGCAGGUCCGCGGGGACAUCACCUCGCGUAAAGCUGGCCCCGGGCUUCACCGGAGGAGCCGGUUUGGCAGGGCGGCGGCCACCGGGCGAGGGGUGGGGGGGGGGCGACGGAGGCGGGGCUGGGCACCCCCCAGGAGGCAAGCGCGGCCUCCACUGUUCUCUUGCCGAGGGAGAGGCCACCGGGCGGGCGGCUGCCAGCUGUCGCCGCGGCGUGCCGGCGGGUGGGGGGUCGCGGAGCAGAGGCCGACCGCGGCCGGCCGGAGAGCGAGGAAAGGCCGCCCCGCGCCGCUGUCGGCCGCCGGGAGCUCGCGGGUCACACGUGGGGGCUCGGCCGGCCUGACCGCGGGACACAGACCCGCCGACGCCGAGGCGCGCGACCCGGACUGCGGCUGGGGGCGCGGCGACCGCGCGGGGCUGCUGCGGCUGCGGGCGCGCGUGGGGCCGAACAGCUCCCCGCGGCGGGGAAGGGCCCUCGCCGCAGAGGUUGGGGCUCGCGGCUGCCUGUGUGGCGAGCGCAGUGGCGGGACCUGGCGCGUGCUGGGCGGCAAGCGGUGCGGGCAUGUGCUGCAGAUGCCCGCGGCCCGUCGUGGAGCGGGAGGGGCGGCCCACGGGGACGAGGUGACUGAGGACAGCCACGGGGCCGGGCGUGCGGAAGCAGUGGGACGGGAGCGCAGGACAGUGUGCCGAGGCGGUGAAGCGCCGCGAUCAGCCCCGCGAGGACGCCCCCAGGGAAAACCUGGGCCUGGUGAAUCGGGUGAAAGACGAGCGCCCCUCGGGAUGCCGGCGCCUCGGAGUCUGACCUGAGCCCGAGCGGCCAGGUUCCCCGGGCCUGCGCCUGCCUCUGUCCCCAGGGGCGCCGAACCCGAACACUCAGCCUCGGGCGAAGGCCGAGUGGGCUCAGCGCGCGGGCCCGGCUGGUGCGAAGCGGGGCCUGGGUCGCCCGGGAGGGGAGGAGGGGCUCAAGGCCGAAUCCCCCGCCCAGGGAUGAGACGACGACGAAAGGACUGUGGUGGAGAAGGACGAGGGUCUCUGAAUGGGGACUGUCGGUGGUGGACGGGCUCGGGCUUGCGCGCACGAACCUCGUCGGUUUCAGCCAGUGUCCGCCCCCCACCCGGACUCGGACCUUGUGAGGACGAGGCCCAGCCUGAGUGUCGGGACUCCGCAAGCUCCGUGUCCAAUUAAGAUUGCCCCGUGGACGCGUGAUGGGCAAAGGGAAGGGGAAGACAGGGACACUGCGAUCUGCGGCUCUCCGUAUAGAGCCAUUUUGUUCCUUCUCCCUCGGGGGUGACGAGACUGCGUCGGCCCGGGGACAGGAGGUCUCAGGCAAGCCGCGAAGUUCCUCACGUGGCCAGCGGAAUGAAAGGGCGAUUGGAAACCAGCUCUCUAUUCUGUGUUAUACUAACCAAACCCGAUGGCAGAACUUAAUUUUUUUAUUUUUAUUUACGUCUCUGGUUUGUGAAUGUUUAUGUUGAAAACCUCGGAUUAGAUUAGAAGAAUGUGAACUCCCCGCCUUUGUGGGUAGGUUAAUCACAAAAGCCUAAGGUGACUUACUCCAACAUCUCAUCUGUUGGAGGUAACCCUUUUAGGACAAAAGCAUCAAAAUUUACCCCACUUCGGCCUGAAGUUUUUUACUGACAAGAAGCCAUGCCUUAAAUUCCCUCCUCCUCGUUUUUUUGUUUUGGCAGGUAGGCAUAAAUAUAUUCAAUGAAAAUACAGUUUAAUUACUGUUGGUCAAGGAAGGCUAGUUCAGAAUGUCAUUUCUCAUUAUGAAGCUGUUUAUCAUUCUACAACCAGACUGCCUAGAUUGGAAAAUCCUGCUUUUAGGUGUGCCUGGUGGCUCAGUGGGUUAAGCAUCUGCCUUCUGCUCAGGUCAUGAUCCCAGCCUCCCAGGAUUGAGCCCCUUUUCCCCCAUCCUGCUCCUUGCUUAGUGGGGAGCUUGCU